AUGACCUCAGAUAGAGAUAGGUUGCCAUUAACUCUCUUGGCAAUGUCUAUGAUUUUAUCUGCGUCUGUGGUCCGUGUGAGGGAUGGACUCCCACUGUCUGCAUCUACUGAUUAUGACCAGAGCACGGGAAUGCAAGAAUGUAGAAAAUAUUUUAAAAUGCUCUCAAAAAAACUUUCUCAGCUUCCUGACAGAUGUACUCUCAAAACUGGGCAGUAUAAUAUAAACUUUAUAAGUUCUCUGGGAGUAAGCUAUAUGAUGUUGUGCACUGAAAAUUAUCCCAGUGUUCUGGCUUUCUGCUUCCUGGAUGAGCUUCAGAAAGAGUUCAUCACUACCUACAAUAUGAUGAAGACAAAUACUGCUGUCAGACCGUACUGUUUUAUAGAGUUUGAUAAUUUCAUUCAGAGGACCAAACAGAGAUAUAACAACACACGUUCUUUGUCAACAAAGAUGAAUCUUGCUGACAUGCAGACGGAAAUCAAACUGAGACCACCUUAUCAAAUUUCUCUGUCAGAACUUGGUUCGGCUAAUGGGUUUGCACAUUUAUCUGUGGCAGAAUAUAAGGGUACUGGUAAGAUAUCUGCAG